CGGCAGUAGGAGCAGAUCCUGCCCUUUACUGCUUUUCUUCUUUUGUUGCUGAAGUUAGUUUUGAACCGUACAUCGAUACUUUUGUGCUGUUUGUAAACCAUAAUUGGAGAGCCGCUACUUCUGAGCAGCUGCUGGCUCAACUACAAACAGGACAGGACACGAAGAGACGGCUGUGCCGAAAUGCCGCUGCUAGUAACAGACUACUCCUGGACACAGACAGAGUCAACCGUUUGCAUAAGUGUGCCUUUAAAAGGAGCAAAAGCUGGGAGAGUGGACAUUCUGUCUACAGACGAAUACCUCAAGGUGCAUUACCCACCAUAUCUGUUUGAAGCCUUCCUGUUUGAGCCUGUUGAUGAUGAGAGGAGCACAGCAAAGGUUGGAAAUGAAGUUGCAGUCAUCAGUUUGCCAAAGAGGACCAAUAAAGUGUGGGAGCAUCUGAUGAUAACUACAAAUGAAAAAGAAAAAAAGAAGGAGAUCAGAGAAAGGGCCCUGUUGAAAUACCAGGAAAAGCUUUCUUCAGAGUCCAGGUUCAAGGUGGAGAAACAGCAUGCAGAGAAGAAGUAUGCCCUAGAGACAAUGAUGAAGCUUGAAAAAGAAGAAAGAGACAGUAUCCAGAAAACGAAGGACGCUGAGCGAGAGAAAACCACAGCAGAGUUGGCUGCAUGGCAACUGAGACAGAAACAAAAGGCAGAGGGAGAAGCCCUACUAAAACUCCAGAGUCAGAGAAACCAUCAACACAAACUGAAAGCCCUGACAGAGAAGCAGGAAAAUGGACUCUCAGAGGUCAAACUGAAUCAAAGAGGCAAUAGUGAAGCAAACAGCAAGGGAAAACAAGCGGACCUGCCAGCUCCAAGACCCCCUGGAAACAUUCAAGUCACAUUCACCCCACGAGUUUUCCCAACAGCCCUCAGGGAAUCAAGAGUGCCAGAGGAGGAAGAGUGGCUCAGUAAACAAGCUGAAGCCAGGCGUGCAGUAAAUGCAGAUGUUGAAGACCUCAAGGAUCUGAAAGAAGAGGAGAGAAGCCCUGACUGGUUAAAGGACAAAGGAGACAAAUGUUUUGCGACUGGGGACUACCUGGGUGCAGUGAAUGCCUAUAACCUAGCUGUCAGACUCAACGGAAAGAUCCCAGCUCUGUACUCAAACAGGGCUGCUUGUCAUCUGAAGUUAAAAAAUCUUCACAAAGCCAUAGAGGAUUCCUCUCAGGCACUUGAUCUGUUGACUCCACCAGUUGCUGCUAAUGCAGUUGCCAGAGCCAGAGCCUACGUCCGCCGAGGAUCUGCUUUCUGCCAGCUACAGCUCUAUGCAGAAGGGCUGCAAGACUACCAAGCUGCUCUAAAGAUUGACCCUCACAACGAAGCACUGCAAGCAGACACGCAGAGAAUCAGAGACAUUAUUCAAGGCUCUGCAGCUGAUCCUGAGACACAGUGAAACACAGAGAAUGUACUGCACAUAUGGCUAUUUAUUGUUUGUGUUGUUUUUCUGUUACCUAAUGGUUUAGGAAAUGAUGGCAGCCAAAGCUGCUACAUAUCUGUAGCCAUGAGAUCAAAUCCUAUCUUUGAUCCCUCCUGUAGUCAUGGAGAUACAGGGAGGCUUCAGGUUGUUACUUGCUGAUUUAUCAGAAGCUGGUAUGUCAGAGGUAUGUCAGCAACAGACCUGAAGGAUUAUGAAACAGUGUUGUGGAGUGAGUGUGUUUUACUGACCAGCAAGAUGCAGAGUGUAUGGAAGCCACUCUAGCAGUGUGUAUACAACACCCUCAUGUGGUCAAAGUUGGCACGUCCUCAAAUGAAAUGCAAAUAAUGGAUGUUUAUAUCACCAUGUAAAUUAAUGGAAUGAAUUUCUGUCUGGCCCUGGUUGUGUGUUUUGUACAUGAAGAUAACUUCAGCCUUUUGCUUAUGUAUUUUCUGUCAGUUUUAAAAUAUCGUCAUAAGAAACGGUAAAAUUAGUACAUUCAAAUUGCAGUGGAAGAUAAAGUUAUUCUAUUUGAGCAUGCAAAAGUCAUUGAGCUUUCAAGACCAAAGUCUCGUCAGAUUUCAGGAUCUGUUUUGUUGGUAUGAUAGCACUGUUCUCAAAGUGAUGUCAUAUAAAAGACAUGGCUCAUAGGGUUGGAUUGUUUAAAAGGCUGCUUGGCUGCUUUAACCAGGAGGCAGGGGGAUUCUCUGAGGCCCAAAAGAACGCUCAGUUCAGCUGUACAGCACAGCAUUGCUCUGUUGGUGUGAGGGUAAAAUAUGCUCCAAUACUCAAGUGCAAAUCUGAGGUACUUGUACUUCGCUGUUUCUUUUACCAGCAGGUUCAACGAAAAGUGGGUAUUUUAAGCUAAACCACAAUGUUUUCUUUACCACAGACAAUUGGUUUCUGUGCAUAAACUGAACCACACUUUAACCACGGUGUUAUUGAAACAUAGAGAAAUGUAACUUUUUAUCAUAUCCACUCAGUAAUAAUGUACAAAUGUAAUCAUUUUUUUCUGGGUAUUCUGAGUACUUUUACAUUAUUGUAUUGGUUCUUUUACCAAAGUAAAGGUUCUGGAUACUUCUA